AUGCUCGCCACCACACGCGAAUCCAUGUCUGCCAGACACAUCGUUUCCCUUAGCCUCUGCCUUUCUAUCAUCGCGACCGCAAUUGGUGUUGCUUUCUGGGCCGCUCUCGAGUUCCAAGCGCCGAAAGUCCUGCAUGCCUCUAAGUUCCUAGUCCUCAUCCUGCUUCUCCAGACUCUCGCCUCCCUGGUUCUGUAUCUCCACAGCAGAGCCACCGACUCAGAGAAUGGCAGUUUAUGGAAUAUACACGCGGAUGCGACUCUACUCCAGUAUCGGAAUGCUAGUGUUGGAUCCUCUUUCUGGUUUCGCAACCUCGCUCAAGUAGUAUGCCAAGUCCAGGCUCUCCGCAGCCAGUCGUACUGUAGAGAACAUGAUGACGGCUGGCGAGAGACUCUUUGGAUCCAAAACGGAGAGUACAAGCUCCUAUCUGAAGCACCCCUGACAGAAGAAGUCGCUACAACCUUUGAGUCCGAGCUCAAGAGCUCACGCUUUUGUAAGAUCCAGGACCGAGAGUUCAAUGGAAAAAUGGAUGUCAAUGUGGCUAUCUUCCAAGACAUAUGCUUCUUGCUGCACGAUCAAGUUUUCCAGGAAGAGCAUCAAACACUUGCGCACAUCCUAGAAGCAGAUCUCCGGCUCAACCCACGCGCCAUAUCUCGAACACUGCAACAUCUCUCGACCACCACGUCAGAAUGCAAGACAUGGAGACACUGUUCAAACCUGGCCGUCUGCCUUCGCACGAGACUCCGAGCUGAGCGAGAGGCGGCGAUUCAAAAUGACAUGGGUUCUGUUCCACCGGGCUUCCCGCAAAUGGCAGCUGACGAACAACGCAUCCGCACCUUCACUGCGCCCUAUAUUCGGCCAGGGCCCUACGGAGUUGCCCCACAGCCACACUUGGUAAAGCAUUGGCUUUCGCAAUGGACCAAGUUUUCUGGUGACACGCCUUUGGUUGUAGCCCAUCAGAAGAACCCAGGACGAGAGGACAAGGCAGCAUACGCUCAAGCAGGAGCAUAUCUUCCUGAUGCGAAGCUGCCUUCCGCGAAGCAGCCUGAUGAAGAAUCGAGAGAAGCUCUAUUAGAAUUGGGUUUUCUCAGCGAGGAACUGCGUCAAGCACAUGUCGACCUCACUGUCGCACAAAAUCGCCGUACAAGCAACCAUAACACGCUUAAGAAAUGUGCUCCGCUUCUCAAAGAUGGAAGAUGUCAGUGUCUCGUCCUCUGGUCCAGCAGAACUAUUGAAGCUCGAAAACACCGACUACCGCAGUACCAUUCAGCAGGUAUAUACGACCCAUGCGAUUUUUGGCGUCUGGUCCUCUGGCAAGUCGUUCGUUGCACCAUGAGGUGUCCCGGUCCAUCGUCCUCCUUGCGAAGAGAGAUACAGCCUGCGAAGGUCUUGAACAAGUUGUCGAAGAUUCUGGUGGCAUAUGUCCUUGUCUUCGCUUACUUUUUCGCCAAGAUCCAGCAUUCGCGGCGGAUUAUCCAAACCAAGGGUACCGUGUCGGGCAAACUAAGGGUCACUUGGUCUACUAGUGGUGUCAAAGUAUCUACUAGUGCCGUAAUCGACAACUCGUCCGCAGCCAGCAAGAAGAGCCUUCCUGCCACGCGCCAUAUGACCAAGGAAGAGAGCAAGAAGAAGACUAUGAACACCGGUAACACACCUGUACAGAGAGUCACUAGAAGCAUGACCAGAAUCGCCAACUCUACUGGUAACAGGAAAAUCACUGUCAACCCUAUCAAGAAGUUUUGA